GUUACCGCCGAUAACUUCCCGAAGUUUAACUCCGGGAGGUCACGGCAAAGUAAGGCACAGAGCGCAAACAGCAUCCAGGCUCUCGCCUUCCCGCCCCGAGCCCCGAAAAGCCCUCGUUUGGCUCUAAAACCGGCGGAACGGACGGAGCCGGAGGGGCGGGGGCGGUGGGAAGCGGCCCCGCGGUCCGGACCCUGCCCCUCCGGACCCCCGGUGGCCGCGGUCAGCCCCGCGCUCCUCGGUCAACCCGGGAUCCCGGGACAGCCCGGGAAUACUCGGAGUGCCCGGCGGUCCCCGGAAGGCGCAGCGCUGCCGGGACAGCCCCGCGCUCUGCGGGCGGCCGGUGACCCGGGGCGGGCGGGGGUCAGCCCGGCCUCCCGGGCAUCCGCCGGGCGGGGGCGGCGCGGGCUGGCCGCAGGAGCCGCUGUCCCCGCGGCGGAGCAGCUGCCGCCGCCUCUCAGCGCGAUGCCGCUGCAGCAGGGCUCUGCCCGCAUGCGGCAGCGCACGGUCCUCCUGGUGGGCAUCGCGGUCCUGCUGGCCGCCCUCGUCCUCGCCGUCGUGCUGGCCUCUCUCCUGACCCACGGAAGGCACGAGGUCGGUCCCAAAAUGCUGAAGUGGAAGGACAGGGGGACCACGAAGAACUUGCAAGAAGUUAUUUUGGGAAGAUGCUACAACUACAUCACGGCGCAGCACCCGGAGCUGGGAGAUAAGGAUUGUCUAAAAAUAUGGGAAUCAUUAAAAGAUGCGUUCAUGUACAAGCAUCCCUGUAAUAUCACACCAGAAGAUUAUCAGCCUUUAAUGGAGCUAGCGAAUCAUCCUAUCCCCUGUAACAAGUCGCUGUUUUGGAGCAAGACAGGUGACCUCGUUCAUCGUUACACAAAAUCCAAUCAAAAUUUCCUUACCUUGGAGGACACCUUGUUGGGUUAUAUGGCCGACAGAGUUUCGUGGUGUGGAGAUCCCUCUGCUCCAGGAAUCAACUAUGAAUCUUGUCCAAAACGAAAUGAAUGUGAGAGCAACCCUGGCUCUGUGUUCUGGAAAAUGGCAUCCAAGAUGUUUGCAGAAGCAGCAUGUGGUGUGGUUCAAGUGAUGCUCAAUGGAUCAGUAGAAGCUGGAGCUUUCAAAAGCAGCAGCAUUUUUGGAAGUAUUGAGAUCUUUAACCUGGAUCCAGAUAAAGUGUCUGAAGUGCACAUUUGGCUUAUGCAAAACAUUGGUGGACCUCAAAGUGAAUCCUGCUCAGGUCAGUCCAUUCAAAGGUUAAUAAGCAUUUUAGAAGAACGAAACUUUAAGAUCAUCUGUGAAGACAAUUACAGGCCUGUUCAGCUCCUUCAGUGUGUGCAUUACCCAGACCACACAGACUGCAGGCUUUGCACCAACAGCACAGCAAUUCCGUGAAACAGAGUUCUCCGUGCUACUGAAGAAUUUCCUUACUUGUGUGCAAAGCUGCAGAAGAUGUGGCUGCAUAGCUAAGAGUGAUAACAGUAGCAUGGUGUGUACUGAGUCCAUAACCAGAAAUCCUUGCUGUGAUACUAACAGCCAAAUAGCAGGAGAUGAUACCUGAGGUGUGAUGCUGUACACACACAAACACUGUUUCAGAUGGGCUGGGGCUGUGGUCAGUGAUUGAAGGCAGGUGCUUUGCCCUGGUUUGCUCCCUCCUAUACAGCUCAGCACUGGCACAGAGCAGGGAUUCCCUGGGGGCACAGAGAAGAAAGAGACUUUCCAGGAUAGACAGAACUCACCUAGAUUAGUGCUCAUCUUCCUUCCUGCUGAAAGGUUAAGCAGGAAAUGACCAGGGCAUGCUACACUUUCCCUGCAUCCCAGUGCAACCCUCCCAGAGGGGAAUGUUGCCCAGUGGCACAUAAUAUAAAUCAUGGCUUUCCCAGGUACUGUGACACUUCUGACCAGGUAAAGCAAGCAAUGGAAUAAGCAGAGCAGUUCUUGCCUUUUAAUGGUAUCACAGUGAGCAGCUGGUGGGAAGACAGCUGAGCUGAGCUAAGAAAAAAACAGAAACUGCUCAGAGGGUUGCCUGCACCUGUGAGAACUGCUGAGUGUGCAGCUGGGAGAGAAAAUAGUGAGACUGAUUCAGAUAGCUCCAUUAAAAUCCUACUGGAUACACCAUUGCAGGUCAGAUUACAUUUUGUUCUUAAUAUAGCAGUAAACACUAGUCUUCCAACUUUCAUAAAAGGUCCCUCAGGCCACAGCUUGGCCUUCCACUGGAAUAGACACAAACAUGAAAUGGUUGCCACAAUAAGGAGUCUCUCUUGACCUCAGUUUCUGCAGUGAAAGGCGAUGCCUUGAGGUGUAUAAUUCACAAGCACCAACAUGCCGAGGUGCACUGAAACAGCAGGUUUCACUGUUUUCCUUUGAUUUCUAUUUUGCCAGUCUCAAGUGCAGUGUUUAUAGCAAAACAAGUGUUGAGGCCAGCUUGUGGCCACGGAUGUAGUGCCUCUGUGCAGUGCCAUUGACACUGAGAGAACAGAACAGGUUUUGCUACAGAUAUACUCCUGGGUGCUGAGGUGACAGCAUGACCAGCAGUUGCCAAACCUUUAGGCAGGCUGGGGUUUCCAUGAUCCCACAGGGAGAAGGUUGUACUGCCACAUGUUUUAGUGACUACCCAGAGUGCAAAGUGUAGUUGUGGAACUACACAAGCUGGUGUAAUUUUAAGCACCUCUAGAUAAACCUCAUCUCUUUAUUAGCAAUAGAAGGCCUGCACUGAGCCUGGCUGGACCAACCCAAGACCUCACCCAUAAAGUUUACAUUAAGUGAAAUGUAUUUUUAUUUGCAAGCUAUUAUGUAACUACUUAAUGAAUCAACAUAGACACAUACCAAUACUUUCAAAUAGGUUAUUUCUGACUAUCAGUUACAAGUUUGUCUUCAUGCUCACUUUUGUACCUCUUCUGUUGCAAUAUAAAAUAUUGACUGUAAAAUCAAGACCUAUAAUAAAAUUGCUGAUGACAAAUGUUCUUAA